AUGAUCAAAACAGAAUUGAUUGAUUCAAGGAAAUAUCUUCCUCAAAAUAUUAUAAGAGAUAUUUUAGAUAUCAUUCCGUAUAAUAAUCGCUUUACAAAGUCAUAUUUAUUUCUUGCCAAACUCAUAUCUGAUGAUUAUCAAGUCAAAGAUGCCAGCAAUGUUAAUCAUAUUUCAACCUUCUUGUUUUACAAAGAAUAUGGAAUUAAAUUAAACAAAUCUGCUAAUUUCGCAGAAAUUAAUCCAGUAAAUCUUGAUAUUUCUUCUGAAGAUACAAUUUACAGAGCAAUUAUGUAUAAUGACAAAGAAAAAUUUAUUUCUUUCACCGAAAGAGAUGGAUUUGAUAAAGAUCAAACACUAAAAAGCAGAUUAUAUCCAUAUUUUUCCAGAGAAUAUUCAUUGCUUGAGUUAUGUUGUUACCACGGAGCAGUUGAUUGUUUCAAGUUCUUAAGAACGAAAUUUAACUCAGAAAUAACUUAUGUAUGUCUAAUAUUUUCUUUUUUAGGAAGAAAUCCAGGGAUCAUGAGUGAAUGUUUGAAAUAUCAAACACCAAAUAGUUAUUUCAUGGAAUAUGCAAUUAUUUCACACAACAUUGAUUUUGUUACAUUUUUGAUGAAUGAAUAUUAUCUAAAAAUCGAUUUACAAGAAUGUGGAAAAUGCAAAAAUCUUGAAGCCUUUUUAGUUUAUUUCGAUCAAACUAAUGAUUUUAACAAAUGUUUUAUUUAUUCCGCAACAUUCAAUAUUCUAUCACUUUCUGAAUAUUUUCUUUCACAAGGUGCAAAUAUCAAUAAACUCGAAGAUAGACAAUCUGCUCUUCAUAUUGCAGCACGUGAUAAUAAUACAGAAAUGGUCGAAUUUCUUAUAUCACAUGGUGCAAAUGCCAAUGAACUAAAUGGCCCACUAGAAACCAUUCUUCUUAUUGCAGCAGAAAAUAAUUGUAAAGAAACAAUCAAACUUCUUAUUUCACAUGGUGCAAAUAUCAAUGAGAAAAAUAAAUAUGGAGAAACCGCUCUUCAUUUUGCAGCAAAAUAUAAUAGUAAAGAGACAGCCGAACUUCUUAUUUCACAUGGUGCAAAUAUCAAUGCAAAAGAUAAUAAUGGAAAAACUGUUCUUCAAUAUACAACAAAUUAUGAUAAUAGUAAAGAAACGACAGAGCUCCUUAUUUCACAUGGUGCAAAUAUCAAUGAAAAAGAUAAUGAUGGGCAAACCGCUCUUCAUUUUGCAGCAUGCAAUAAUAGUCGCAAAGAAAUGGCCGAACUCCUUAUUUUGCAUGGUAUAAAUAUCAAUGAAAAAGAUAAAAAUGGAGAAACAGCUCUUCACAGAGCAGCAGAAAAUAAUAAUAAAGAAACAGCUGAACUUCUUAUAUCGCAUGGAGCAAAUAUCAAUGAAAAAAAUAAUCAAGAAAAAACCGCGCUUCAUUCUGCAACAUACUGUAGAAAUAAUAAAGAAGCAGUCGAACUUCUUAUUUCACAUGGUAUAAAUAUCAAUGAAAAAGACAAAAAUGGAGAAACAGCUCUUCAUUAUGCAGCAUGGAAUAAUCGUAAAGAAAUAGUCAAACUUCUUAUUUCGCAUGGUGCAAAUAUCAAUGAGAAAAAUAAAAAUGGGCAAACCGCUCUUCAUGCUGCAGCAUUUUGUAAACGUAAAGAAACAGUCGAACUUCUUCUUUCAUAUGGUGCAAAUAUCAAUGAAAAAGAUAAAAAUGGGCAAACAGCUCUUCAUUACGCAGCAGAAAAUAAUAGUAAAGAAACAGCCGAACUUCUUCUUUCACAUGGUGCAAAUAUCAAUGAAAAAGAUAAUGACGGACAAACCGCUCUUCAUAUUGCAACAUUUUGUAAACAUAAAGAAAACGCUGAAUUUCUUCUUUCACAUGGUGCAAAUAUCAAUGAAAAAGAUAAAAAUGGGCAAACAGCUCUUCAUUACGCAGCAGAAAAUAAUAGUAAAGAAACAGCCGAACUUCUUCUUUCACAUGGUGCAAAUAUCAAUGAAAAAGAUAAUGAUGGAAAAACCGCUCUUAAUAUUGCAGUUGAUGAGAAUCAUAAAGAAAUGGCUGAAUUUCUUAUUUCACAUGGUGCGAAAAAGUAUUCUUUCAUCAGAAGAUUCUUCUCUUCGGCUUUCGAAAAGAAAUAA